UUCGUCCGCUAUUUACCACGUUAGCAGGACAAACUGAUCCUGAUUUCAUUCGCUCUGACUUCGAAAUGUUUCGCGCUCGGAGCUCGAAAGUUGAAUGAGUUUUCUUGUGUGUUAUUAAGUGAAGAUGAGUGAAGAGUGUGACGCUGAACAUUACGGCCCUCAAAGGGAUUCCAUCUAUAUCGUGGUACCACUAACAGUUAUCUAUGGCAUAAUUUUCAUUACUGGUACCAUCGGAAAUGUGAGUACUUGCAUUGUGAUCGCGAGAAAUAAAUCUAUGCAUACGGCUACGAACUAUUACCUGUUCAGUUUGGCGAUAUCGGACUUGCUAUUGCUCAUCGCUGGAUUGCCCCAAGAAAUUUACCUCUUCUGGUCGAGGUAUCCUUACAUAUUUGGGGGAGUUUUCUGUUUCUUGCGAGGACUCUUCGCUGAAACUUCUGGUAAUGCUACUGUACUUACAAUUACAGCUUUCACCGUUGAGAGAUAUCUCGCGAUUUGUCACCCGUUUUUGUCUCACACCAUAUCGAAGCUUUCGCGAGUGGUGAAACUAAUCUUGUUCAUAUGGAUACUUUCGAUAGGACUAGCAAUUCCACAGGCUCUGCCUCUUCAAGUAGUUGGGUCCUGUCCUCAGUGUUUGGUUGUGGAGACGAUCAUUGACCACGCGUUCGAACUGUCAACAUUUUUGUUUUUUGUCGCUCCAAUGACUCUCAUAAUAGUGUUGUAUGUCUUGAUCGGUGUGAGGCUGAAAUCGUCAAGAAUGAUGAAGAAGAGGAUCAGUACCAAUGCCAGGAUACAGAGCAAAUCAUCCAGGAAGGUUAUCAAAAUGCUGGGUGAGCGCUAUCUUGAUUGUGAAUGA